AUUCAAUUAGAUAGAAUCGCAGGUUAGAAAUGAAACUAUUACAAGUGUCUUUAAUAUUGUGUUUUCUGUAUCAAAAUGUGAUCAGUUACCGAAUUUUGGGAGUUCUUCCCGUACCAUCCAAGUCACACUAUUAUAUCGGACACAAUCUUUUGAAAGGAUUGGCCAAAGAAGGUCACGAUGUGACUGUAAUAACUCCUAUCCUAGAUAAAAACCCAAUUAAAAACUACAAAGAAGUGUUUCUCGAACAUUCUUGGGAUAAUUUUCGCAAAAUCUCGGCAAAAGAUAAUUUCGUGGAUUUUUCGAACAUGCACGUUUGGAAUAUGAUCUUUAAAUAUUUUGAUGUUGGAAUGGAUAUGACGAAUUGGGCUUUAGAAAGCAAAAAUCUGCAGGAAUUUAUGAAAAUAAAACAACAUUUCGAUGUUGUUGUUGUUGAAGUUUGUGUUGAUGAAGCUCUACUUGGUUUUGGAAAUUACUACAAUGCUCCGGUGGUGGCCAUAUCCGCGUUCGGUGCUUCAAAAUGGACAACCGAUUUGGUUGGAUCACCAAAUUUUGCUUCAUUCCGUGAUCAGCCUCGAACUCCGCUAGAAACAGGAAUGCAUUGGGUGAAACAUGUGGCCAAGAACAAAGGUGCUCCGCAUUUGAGAAGUGUUGCGGUCGAUUUGCCAUUUUUUAAAUUGUACAACUUGGAUGUAUCGGCAUUCAUCUUUGGUGUCAUUGCUCUGACUCUAUUUUUAUUA